UUACUAUAUUGCCAACUGCCACUAAUUUCUCGAGUAAAUAGUAGUGAAAAUGAUUCUGUUAAUCUAUUCAACCUCUUUAACGGGACAUUUCGUUAAAUUUCUUUACAACUGAGUUUUACAGUUUUGCUGAAACCUUUAUCCUGCGUUGCAGCCAGAGAAAGUCUCUCAUGUAUAUCUACGAAGACGGUACGCGGUCUGUGUAUGCAUGGGAUGCUGUGGAUGUUGAAGUCGACGGUCUGUUGCAGCAUGGCCAUAUCGUUGGCCUGGAAGAAUCCGCAAGCAUUCCCCCGCGUUUGAUCAUCGACUUUGGAUGCCCCGCACAGCAGUCAGUGGCAGUUGACUACGGGAAGGUAAUUAGUUGCUCCACACCUCCCCCCUGGGGACGGCGCCGAGGAGCUACUGUGGAGGUGCUAUUAUUCGAUCAUCCGGGUGGCACAUGGAAAUGGUAUCUCGGCAGAAUUCUCGUCAAUCCUUUCGAGAACUUAUGGGACCAUACGCUGGUGGAGGUAUUAAUGAAUGGACAGCGGUUUCGCGAAUUGCUUCCCGAUAAACAGAUUCGUCGGACGCUUUCGGAAAAACGACUGCCGCAUAAGCGUUUUCUGCCGGGUGAUUUCGUCAUGGGGACAUGUAGUGUGCCGGACGGAUACUGGAUUCUGCAACACUGCUUAGCCGUGGAAUUACUCCGCCAAAUUGAGCGAAAGUUUCGUGUGCGAUUUACGUACGUUCGCAGCCAGAAGAUGCACUACAUGCAGCCUGGGUGCCGGAAAUCCUUUAGGGGAUGCUACGAUUGCGGAAUUUUUUCAAAGAAAAAGAUGUAAACUCGUUCAUCUUGGCAAAUUCUUCAUGGAUGACUGUUGCCGCCUCCGAAAAGUAGCGAGUGAAUCACAUCGGGAAGACGGACUGAAUGCGGAUUGGCAUGGUACGGCCCUGCCCAUAGAACUCUUAAAGGAAAUCUUUCGGUCACUGGACACCAUCGAACGACAGCGCUGCCGGCGGAUUUGUCAACUAUGGGACGCCAUUCUCACAUCGGCUGAGAUGUGCCACGUUGUACAUAUAUCGCUGGAGCAUCCACCUUUCUCACCGCGGCUCGUAAAGAAAUGGAACGGUAAUUAUGCCACGUACAGUUGCAUCUUUAAGCACAUUACUCCCGCAGCGCGAAUCAUUUGCAUUCGAGCUGCUGAAUGGGAAUGCGACAAUCGUGACGAUGUGAAAAACGCCGAUGAAGCUGUGAAGUUGAUUAAGAAGGUCUUGAAUGAGGGCGGCAUUCGCAUCGACUGUUUGAUCGUGCACAACCGAUCCCUGCUCAUCGAUCAGGGGGAGCCCGGGCCGUUGAGGUUGAAGGUGGUUUUUGCCACGAUAGCUGCGUUUUACUCCAAAUUGGCGACCUGUUGUGGCCGGUUGAUUUGGAAAAACUAUUCCUUGAGAUGCGAAAGAAAUAACGGUGCGGUUUUAUUGAAAUUCUAUUUUCCGCUUGCGGUUUUCAUUCUGGGAAAUGUGGAAGGAGCACACUUUUGGGAUAUAUUUGAGCAGCACCUGUGCUGCGGGGGACUGCCGUUAGAUAUGAAUCGCAUUGCCCAGUGGAUAACCAGUUGUACAGACAAGAAUGCAAAAGCCAGGAAAAUCCAAAAGGUACUGAAAGAUCAUCAAUCGUGCGAUCCACGUCCCUCUGCACACUACCGUGGCAACACCUGGACACAGGACGCUUUAGCCAGUAUGGACGUUCGCAGGCUGAACACACUGUGUUUUCAUGCCUUGUGGCGCUACGUGCAGAAAUGGAGUCGAACACCUUUGGAUGCCGCUAGGGAGUAUUCCGACGGCAGCUCCGAUUCCGAAGACAGUUCCGACUCCGAUGGCAGCACCGAAUCCAAUUCCGACGAUAGCCAGGAGUCCGAUUCCAGCAGCUCCUCCGACUUGGAUCAUGAUUACCGUUCCGACGCUGAGCCAAAUGACAGCACCGACUCCGACUGCCAAUGAGGAUCAGAUUGACUGCCGGUUGAUGUGAACCACUAACGCGUAGUACAGUGGACACCAUAAAUGUGGUUACACUCAAUUAGCGCGCAACCGAGCGCUUGUCUGUUCGGGCACAGCCACUUCCGGCUGGCCAUCGGCCGCCGGCUAAAAAAUAAGAAUUCUUGUCGGCCUUCUGCUGUUCGUGUUUCAGCUCCCUUUAUUUCGUUUUGUAAUCUUUAAUUUUUCAUUUCUUCCGGUUUUGGAUAUUGUUUAUUCAGAAUGCCGUGAAAUGGCACCUGGAAAGUAUAUUGACGCAGAUUUGGUGAAAGCGGUUUUCAGAUUGUAUGCAAAAGAAAAGAGCGUGAGAAAAGUCGCAUCAGUGUUUGACAAGUCGCACCAGUGGGUAGCCAAGAUUCUGCGCAACUACGACCAACUAACUGGCGAGAUCAAGCAAAAGAAUUCAAGAGGACGACCGAAGAAAACGACGAAAGAGCAAGAUGAAAUUGUUGUCCAGUUUCUUAAAGAAAAUCGCACCAUGAGCGGCGUAAAAGCAGCAGCCCUUAUGCAGUUGUCCUACAGCACUCUGCUCCGAAGACUGCACGAAGCUGGCGCGCGACGAAGUAAAGCCGUGGCAGACGAGCUGACGCCGAAGCAUAAGAUUAAGGACGAGUCUGGACGACAGAGUGUACUGGUGUCUCUGGAAGAGAGAGCAGCUGCUGAGUGAUCCCGCGUUUUUCAACUCUGUCAUCUUCUCAGAUGAAUGCACCUUUAAACUGUCAGGAGGCCGAGUUGAGGUACGUAUGCACAAUACGGAAUUCAGAAAAAAUCCAAAUAAUUUAACUUUUUUAAACGCGUCAAUUUUUAACGGAAAACAAUUGCAAACAAAACAAAAUUCUGCAAUUUAUCAACUUAAAAAUUUUUAUUUCGCGGAGAAGACAGAUUUGCAAAUAAUCUUCAAGUGAAAAAGUCGCUGCAAAAUAAAGGGGGAAUCGCUGUCUGGGGCGCUAUCUGCGCAGCUGGUCCCGUGUCGUUGGUCCGCUUUCAAGGCACGAUGAAUUCCCAAAAAUAUGAAGACGUACUCUUCGACGAGCUCCUGCCUUCCCUGGACGAGAAUGGCCGCGACAUGAUCUAUCAGCAGGACAACGCGCCCUGUCACAAAUCAAACGUCAUGAACAAAUUCUUCGGCACUGAAGGAGUGAAUGUGAUGCCGUGGCCUGCAAGAUCUCCUGACUUAAACCCCAUCGAAAACCUGUGGGGCAGAAUGAAGAACCACAUCGCUCAGAGGUUGCCCAAAAAUGUGGCAGAAAUGGAUAUCUUUAUUAGAGAUGCUUGGGAUGACAUCUGUACAGCCGAAUACUGUAAAAGUUUGAUUGAUUCAAUGGGAGAUCGAAUUAAUCAGUGUAUCUAUAACGGUGGAGCGCGAACAAAGUAUUAGCAGUACAGUGAUUUCACGAUCGGUGACUAAAGAUUUACUAUUUGAGUCUAUGCGGCUAAAUUAUUGUUGCAGUGGUUGUGUUUCUGUUUGUUUUUUGUUGGUCUUGGCUAUUAAAUUGUCGGUCAGCGGACCGAUUGACCAG